AUGCCGUUCACCGAAGUCACCCUGAACGACGGCCGCAAGAUUCCCGCUAUCGGCUUUGGGACAUGGAAAGUCCCCAACGACGUCACAGCUGGCGAGGUGGAUCAGGCUAUCGAUAUUGGGUUUGACCAUAUCGAUACUGCCCAAAUGUACGGCAACGAAACCGAAGUCGGACAAGCCAUCAAAGAAAGCGGUCUCUCCCGCAAAGAUAUCUGGGUAACGACCAAAUGGUCUGGCGUAGACAACAAAUCCCCCCGUCAAUCCAUCCUCGAAUCCCUCGAAAAACUUGGGCUGGAAUACCUCGACCUUUACCUCAUCCACCAUCCGAGGUUGGCGAAGGGGGAUAUCAGGGGAACGUGGAAGGAGUUUGAGGGGCUGAAGAAGGAGGGGUUUGUCAAGUCUAUUGGGGUUUCCAACUUUACAAAAGAAGACCUCCAAGAGCUCCUCACUCACGCAACAAUCAAACCCGUCGUGAACCAAAUCCUCCUCCACCCCUACGUCAUCUCCACCCAAGGUCCCCUCCUCUCCUACCUCUCCCAACAAAACAUCAUCCCUGAAGGCUACUCUUCCCUCAUCCCUCUCACCUCCAAGCCUGGUGGGCCGGUGGAUAAGCCUGUGGGGGAGAUUGCGGAGAGGUUGGGGAAGAAGCCGGAACAGGUGCUUUUGGCUUGGUCGAAAGCUAAGGGUGCCGUAAUCGUGACCACCUCGUCAAAGAAGGAAAGGCUGGAAUCAUACCUCGACGUAGGCGACAUCACCCUCUCCCCCGACGACGUGCACGCCAUCGACAAGGCCGGUAUCAAGGGUCAGCUCUGGGAAGAGAGGAAGGAGAGAUUGGUGAAAGCUAGCAAGUGGGCUGUGCCGGUGUAUAUCGGAUUUUGGGUCUUGUUCAAGGCUUUCAGUGCUUGA